CCGUCUUGUGACCGGGAGACUUCAGAGCCAAUCAGAACGCACCAUUUGUAAGCAUGGCGUCUGACUUUCGAUGGAGUUGUGUAGUGCUUCUGCUCUGCACAUAUUUGCUUUGUAUCUUAGCGACUGACACUAAAGAUAAGCCAAAGAAAAAGAAGGAUAUCCGUGACUACAAUGAUGUAGAUAUGGCACGGCUCCUGGAACAAUGGGAGAAAGAUGAUGACAUUGAGGAAGGUGAUCUCCCAGAGCACAGGAGACCUCCUCCACCCAUUGAUUUCUCCAGGGUGGACACCUCUAAGCCAGAGGAGUUACUCAAGAUGUCCAAGAAGGGCAGGACUCUGAUGGUUUUUGCUACAGUGUCAGGAGAUCCCACUGAGAAAGAGACAGAGGAGAUCACAGGCCUGUGGCAGGGCAGCCUCUUCAAUGCCAACUAUGAUGUUCAAAGGUUCGUGGUGGGUUCCAACAGGGUGAUCUUUAUGCUGCGUGAUGGCAGUCUGGCCUGGGAGGUCAAAGACUUCCUUGUGGCCCAGGCACGCUGUGUUGAUGUCACUGUGGAAGGACAGGUGUUCCCCGGGAAGGCCGCCAAGAAGGACGACACCAAGUAUAAGCAGCAGAAUGAAGCCAAAGCCAAGAAGAGUAAUAAGAAAACAGAGCACCAGAAGCCCGACUUGGAGAGGAACAGCGCAAGCAAUCUGAAACAGGAGCUAUAAUUGAAUAAUGAUGAGGAAGCUGCGGAGUCGCAGCCCCAUCUUACUAACAUUAUUCAUGCUUACUCUUACGAGCAGUCUGUAAGUAGUAAACUGAUGAAGGGCUGCAGGACCACAUGAAGUUGCUGUGGUUUACAGUCAGUAGGAUGGGUGAACUAAUAAAUUAUCCUGCAAAGCUGGAAUCAUUACUCAGAGAUUUACUUCUACUCUCCACCUGUCCCUCAGUGGAAAAUGUUGCAGCAGCAAGUGCAUUGUUGAGAUCAUCAUUCUUUGUCACAAAGUGGUAACAGGCUCUUUGAAGUUUGUUUAAUGUCAGUGUUCUCUGGUUUAAUUAUUGUCUAUUAGAUUGUCACCAAAUGUUAAUACAUGUGCAUAAUGUGUUAUUUGAACGGUACUCAAGGAAAGCAUUAUUAAACCUUUCUUUUUGUUUUUGUGACAAGCGCCAUGUCAGGAGGUGGUUUUCCUGCUAGCUGUAGAGAUGGAGUCAUUCAUCAAACUGUGUUAGACUAUGUUCACAUUCAAGAUUUCAUUAAAAAAA